CUUCAAGAGGUCUUGACAGUGACCGCCCAUGAUGUCGACAAUGGUCUUGUCCGAUACAAUAUGAUCGACUCUCCCGCCUCGUCAGUGUUCAGAAUUGAGUUUGUUACUGGCCAGAUCUUCCCACUGGUUUCUCUUCUUGAAGUGUCUGAGGAUAUCUACCAGUUCCAAGUACAAGCAACAGACACAGGUAUUGUUCCACGAUCAAGCACAGCUCAGGUUACUAUUCACAUCACACCUGAGUGUUAAAUCCAUUCUUCUCCCAACAAGAUUCGAGGUCACUAUUCCCGAGGACAAAAUGGUCGGAACACAGGUCUUCAACCUUGUUGACCUAAGAUCUGGUUCUGUGCUUGUGUACGAUAUUUACGGAGAUGGGCGAUGCCGUCACUCAGUUCAAGAUUGACUCCGUCAUUGGCAGAAUUGACCGAGUGGUUUCCCAACUCAACAACAAUGUGGUUCGUGUACGAGCUUACAGAUGAGACUUCUUGACCCAAGAUGUACGAACCCUGGUACGUGUACAUCACGCUUAACAACGCGUCCCCAACAUUUAAAUCUGGUGUACUACAUUCAUGCUUAACGUCUAAGGAACAGUCCAUUGGCAUGUCAUUCGGAGAAGUUGAAGCCUUAGACGCAAAUAUUGGCCGCAAUAGUGAGAUCCGAAACAGUAUCCGAUCAACAGAUGCCGAUCCCGCUCAGACACACAGCAUACCCAAACAAUUACAGGGCAGGAUAUAUUUUUUUCUACAUAGUGGCAGCAGCUGUCCGAGUAAAUGCAAUCAUUGUCGGGAACAGGAAGGGCCCUGAUUUCCGUGCAGACUCGUAGAGAAAACCAUAUCUGAAUUUCAACCUGAUAACACAUUGGUGCUUGCCAUAGCAGCUGAUGAUGUGGUUAAUCACCAAAUCAUGUACAGCAUCAUUGCCAGCACCUCCAGAACAUUCUUCUCCAACAUUAACCCCACCAACGGUGAGAUCAGGGUCAACGGCGAUCUUUCCCAGACCGGUGUCUCCGUGUUUGAGCUGCAUGUUGUUGCUACAGACCUGAGGCCUUGCAGCCAAAGUCAGCUACAGCGACAGUGUACAUCACCAUCAUCCGCAACCAGCAUGCUCCAAUCUUUACCAACCAAGAGGGAUACACCUGACUACUGGGCUUUUGGUAGAGACCUCUUCCAGGCGACGGCCAUCGAUGAUGACCCCGACGUUGUGCUGAGUCGAAACACUCAUAAUGCUGAAUUUGACUACUUGAUCGACCCAGAUGAAUUGUACGCUGCACAGUUUUUCGGAAUCAACAAAGAUGGUAUUCUCUUUGUAAAAGCCAACAUCCAGGAGGCUGACAAGAGAGAGGAAUUCAAGUUUUACAUAGUUGCUGUUGACUGCAGCUGGAAUCCUCGUAGUAACCGAGCCCUCGUUACGAUCUCUGUGAAAUACUCAAGUAUCAGACAGGAGCUUGGAUUUUCCCGGCCUGAGUACAACCUCAAGAUUGUUUAGUUGAACGUCAACAGCAACAGCAACCCGACCGUCCUCACAUCACUAGAUGUAACCAACACUCGCAUUGAUGGAAAGGCUGGCUCCUACAUCUCUUAUUAUUUUUCGUGUUUAUAUGCUGUACAAAUCUAGUCAAAUUCAUGGUUGAAUUGUUAAUUUUAUGCUUGAACUGAUAAGGCUUUAUAACAUUAUUUGCAUGCAAUUUCCAUAUGAUUUACAUAACUAUAGGCAUAUAUCAUUUUUGAGCAUACCCAGUGUAAAAACAUUCAAUACUAAUUGCCAUAGAAUAAUACCUAAUUCUGUGCCAAAAUUAAGCUUUGUCAUAAUGUUCAACACCAUUUUCUUUAAUCAUCAUUUUGCAAAACACCAUCUUAAUUAAAAAAACACUCUCAAUUGAAGAGCUUCAU